ACAAAACAAGUGCAACGGAGCGGACUGUAUGCGUUAAAAUGACAGAUUCCGUGUCAGUAGAGUUAUUAGAGCCUUAAAUAAAACGCUGACAUUCAUUAAUGAUGUUUUUUGACUUAUAUUUAAUUCAAUGUUUGGUCGAGUACCGCGAAACAAUUUAACGUCAACGUUGCAGGCUCGCGCUGACGGUUGGAAUAUUGCUAAGCGUUAAUUCUCUGACGACAUUAACAUUUAGCUCGUUGAACGGUACCGACAGGACGCUCGGUGUGUUGUUAUUAUUAUUGUUGUUGUUGUUGUCCGGUCAGUGUGCAGACUGAUGGAGGCUCUAACAUGCUAGAAACAUGUUCAAAAAUGUGUUCGGCUCAGGCUUUCUUGUGAGAACAGCUCAUGUGAUUCUGACAUGGGUCAUAACGUUAAUACUCUUCCUUCAUGAUACAGAGCUGAGGAAGCAGGAGGAGACAGGCCAGCUGGUGCAGCCGGUGCUCUUUGUCCUGCUGGUGUUGGUGUCGGUUUUGCUCUACUUUGCUGUUUCUCUGAUGGAUCCUGGCUUCAUCUUGUCUGAUGACAGCGAUUUACAGUUCACACUGGGAGUGACUGAGGAGCAGCAGGACAUGAUCCCACCCACCUCCAAAUCCCUGCGACAGAGGCGCUGUGGUCACUGUCUGCUUCAGCAGCCAAUGAGAUCAAAGCACUGCCAGACGUGUCAGCACUGUGUUCGCCGUUACGACCAUCACUGCCCGUGGAUUGAGAACUGCGUCGGCGAGAGGAACCACCGCUGGUUUGUGCUUUAUCUGGCCGUACAGCUGCUGGUGCUGCUGUGGGGUCUGCACAUAGCCUGGACUGGUUUCAGCUACGUGCCCACCUGGCAGCUGUGGCUGCGUACUAACGGCAUGCUGCUGGCCGUCGCCACGCUGGUUGCUCUGCUGUCUCUGAUCGUGCUGCUGCUGCUCGGCUCUCACCUCUACCUGGUCUCUCUCAACACCACCACCUGGGAGUUCAUGUCACGCCACCGCAUCUCCUACCUCAAACACUGCGGCGCCGACGAAAACCCCUUCGACCGCGGCACCUUCCACAACCUGUGGGGUUUCUUCUGCGUGUGGGGCUCCGUGGUGUGGGAGCAGGUGUACUUCAGAGAGGGCAGCGACCAAGUGUAGGAAAUAAGUCUGCAUCCCACUCAUGAACAAGUUCCACAAACCUGUCUGGACUGAGGAACCAUGACGCACAUGAGCACAACAUUUGGAGAUAAACUAUUAUUUAUCUCUAUUAUUAUAUACACUAUGUGCAGAUUAUCUUUGUAUAGGCACUUGUGUUGUUGUGCCAUAACUGUAAUAUUUCCUGUUUUCUUGAACAUCUCUCCUCUUUUUUUCCCUCUCCUACUCUCUUAUAGUUGUUAUUAUACUAAAAAUUGUCCAACAGGUGCCCAGAAAGCAGCUCCUGCUCCUCUGUGUGGACAGCAGAUAAUCAGCACUGCGCUCAUGUCUCCUCAUCACAACUAUUGUUUACAAUCUGACCUAAAACAGGAAAUGAUCCACAGUAUCUGCAGGUACUUUACUGCUCUGUAUAAA